CUUUACAAUGGAAGAAACGACUACAUUUCAGGGACUAGCACACCUCUUCGUGACGAUAUUCUUGUACUGCUUCUCGGCAUUCAUCGUUACGCCGGUGAUGACAGACGUCAGCAUGGCGGCUCUAUGUCCCGGUAAAGAUGAGUGUUCUCUCGUCAUUUACCUCUCCGGCCUUCAACAAAUUAUCACGGGUGUGGGAUCGUUGAUGAUGAUGCCAUUGGUGGGAAGCUUGUCGGACAAGCAUGGGAGAAAAUGUUUACUUACUCUUCCAAUGACACUCAACAUUUUGCCUCUUGCGACAAUGGCAUAUAGUAGAGGGACGACCAUUUUUUACGUCUACUAUGUACUCAAGACUUUUACUUCGAUAAUUUGUGAAGGAAGUGUUCUUUGUCUUGCCCUUGCUUACGUGGCUGACAAUGUAUCAGAAGGACAACGAGCCUCAUCGUUCGGAAUACUUACAGGGAUUGCAUCUUGUGCAUUUGUCUGCGCCACUCUAUGCGCUCGAUUUUUAUCUAUUGCAACCACAUUUCAAGUCGCAGCAACAAUGGCAAUUUUAUCAACAAUAUACAUGAGACUUUUCCUACCGGAAUCUAUCCCAGACAAUACUCUAAGGGCUUCCAUUGUUUCAAAUGAGAAGCUGAAUUCUCCUUUACUUGAAGACUGUCCCGGAUAUAGAAACAAAAUAUCUAGAUCAGUUCGUUUGGUACGUGAAAUGGCAUCUCUAAUGAGAAGGAGCGUUCCACUAUUUCAAGUUGCGAUGGUAUCCUUCUUUAGUAGUCUUGGUGAGGCAGGUCUACAUGCUUCAUCUGUGUAUUAUUUAAAGGCAAAGUUUCACUUUAACAAAGACCAGUUUGCUGACUUGAUGAUCAUAUUUGGCACAGCCGGGUCUAUUUCACAGUUGCUCUUCAUGCCUAUACUAGUUCCAGCUUUAAAAGAGGAGAGACUUCUCUCAAUUGGUCUUUUCUUUGCUGCUGCCCAUAUGUUCCUCCUCUGUGUGGCAUGGUCAUCAUGGGUUCCAUAUAUAGCAGCCAUAUUUGCACUUUUCUCUAUAUUUCCGCAAUCAUGUAUGAGGAGCAUUGUCUCCAAACAAGUAGCAUCAAAUGAACAGGGAAAAGCCCAAGGGAUUAUUUCAAGUAUAUGUUCCCUUGCAAAUGUCAUUUCCCCACUGGCAUUUUCACCUUUAACAGAUUGGUUUCUGUCGGAGAGUGCCCCAUUUAAUUUCCCAGGUUUCAGUAUAAUGUGUGCGGGAGUUACCAUGACUAUAGCUUUCAUCCAAAGCCUCAUGAUCAGAGCAACACCACCAAUGUCAGAUAUUGGAUCGCCAUAGUGCGGUUAGCUCAAAAGUCAAAACCAUAUAUAAGGGCUAAAUACAUUUAGUAGCUUAAUAUUUUGUAUAAACCCUUAAUAUUGCAAACGGGUUUAUGAUUUCGAAGGUCAGCAAUAUUAUCAUGUUUAUUAGGCUCAUUACUAGCUAGCUCCAAGAGGACACACCAUAUCUGUUGACAACUCUUUUUUGUUAAUUAUGUCUUUAUUUAUGUUGUUGUUAGAAGGUAUUUAGUUUGUCUAAAGAACAACAAUAGCUCCAAUAUUUGUAUCAUUUACAUUUA